AUGGAUUACAGUGAAUUUAUUUUCUGUGAAAGAGUCACCUUUUGGAUCUGGAAAGUUUACGGAAUCUGGACGACCAAGGAUGAUAGUUCAUUCUACCGUGCUUUUCGCUGGAUUUAUCAUUUCUUUUUUACAUUCCUGUAUAUAUUUGCAAUGUUCGUCAGCUCGUUUUUUACCAACAAUCCUGAAGAACUAUGGUCGGAGGUGAUGUUCAUGCUGUUGACUGAACUAGCUAUGUGCACGAAGCUAUUCAUCCUUGUGAACAACUUUUCAGCUGUUCUUCGACUGCACCAAACUACAGUUUCAAGAGAUUUUCUGCCGAAAACAGAUCACGAUUUGAAAACUCGAGGUCAUAUUCUUGAUCGGUUUAGUAAGGCGAUGCUGGCAUACUAUUUCUGCAGUCUUGCGUCAGUGAUGUCUAAUAUAGGGCUAUUGUUUGGUGACAGCUAUAAACUACCAUAUUCCAACUGGUUCUAUUGGGUACCGCUGGGGAAGGAUCACCAAAGAAACUACCACAUAAUGUUUGCUUAUCAGAUUUUCGGAAUGGUUGGGCACUGUUCGCUGAACGUCGCAGCUGACAUACAGGUAGUGUAUCUGCUAAUCGCAGCUGGAUUUCAACUUGAUAAUCUGAAGGAUGAAUUCGCUAAUUUACCGAUCCUCUCUACACAAACUCAUGUCGAGAAGCAAAUAUAUCGGAGAACUCUUGUUGAACACAUUAAAAAUUUUGUGAAAGAGGUUGAACAGAUCUUUUCGAUGGCGGUAUUCACCCAAGCUUGUGCCAGCGGAAUAACGAUCUGUGCAGUAAUGUUUGCUCUUUCUUCAAUGAGUAUAUUCGACCUGGAAGCAUCGAUUCCCAUGUUAUUUUACCUGAUAGCCAUGCUGCUGCAGAUAUUCUUGCCCUGUAUGUUUGGUAAUGAAAUUACUUUCAAAAGCCAUCAACUGACCAACGCCAUAUUCUCAUCCGAUUGGUACAAGUUAUCGGGAAUAGAGCGCAAGGACGUGAUGCGGUUAAUGCUUCGAACCAGCAAACCGAUUACCUUGAAGGCAGGACAUUUCUUUUACUACAGUUUGGAGACGUUCACCUCGACGCUGAAUACCGCCUACUCCAUAUAUGCGGUACUGAACCGUAGGAAACGGGCAACGCGUUGA